UGGGGUUCAUUUCAACGAGGAUUGGUGGGUCACAGUCCUCCUUGGCUUCUAUGUUUUCAUAAGAUCGUAAUACAUUUCCAAACUGUAAGAUCCCAUUUCAUCUUCUAAUCUGAAAAAUUCUUUCUGGGUUUCGAUUAAUCUAAAUUUUUGAGGUUUCAAAACGAUGAAACCAGGACUUUCAUCUUUGAUAGGGUUGAAGGCAGCAACCUUAUUCUCUCUAUUUCUAUUUCUUAGAUUCUAUGGUUUCAGAUUGUUAUCGUUUCAAUUCUUAUAUGCUUCUUUAGUUUCUCUCUUGGUUUCAGUUGCUUCUCUUCCAUCUAUCAAUCUUCCCCUGCUUUUGGGGAAGAAAUCAGAUGGGACUUUCCCAAUUUGGUCCAUAAUUAUUUUUGGUCCAUUUUUGUAUUUCGUUCGGUAUCUUCCUUCAUUGCGUGGAUUGUACCGUAGAGAUGAUCCUUACAGUGAAAUUUGUGAAGGUUUAUUUGUUGGAGGGUGGCCUAGUUCACCUGAUAGAUUGCCUCCUUGCAAUCCUGCCAUUGUUGAUUGUACUUGUGAAUUGCCAAGGUGUUUGGACGUUUCUGGUUCAGGUUAUUUGUGUGUUCCAACUUGGGAUACACGCUCUCCUCAGCCUCAAGAAAUCGAAUCAGCUGUUCGGUGGAUUUGUAGAAAAAGAGAGCAGAAGAAGCCAGUGUUCAUCCAUUGUGCUUAUGGUCACGGAAGAAGCGUUGCGGUUACGUGUGCAGCAUUAGUGGCUCUAGGAGAGGCAGAAGAUUGGAAAGAUGCAGAGAAGAUAAUAAAGGAAAAACGACCUUGCAUCCGGAUGAAUUCUUCUCAUCGCAAAGCCUUGGAAGAAUGGUCAAAACAUCGGCUAUCCGCUCCAAAGAAGAAGAGAGACAAUGACGUGAGUUCUAAGCUUCUUUCUGGUAGCUGAAUAGCAAAAAUAUGAAUAUAAUAGGCCACAAUUUCAAACCCCUCCCCUUGUAACCUCGCAUAUCUUAUUGCUUGGAUGAACAUUGAUUCCUGGUAAUAUUAAUAGGUAAACAAGUAAACUCUCUGUAACAAGAACUUUCAUCUUUCUAUUUUGGAUUUUGUCCUUCAA